GAAAGAAAUUUUGAUAAUGACAGAUCACCAUUGAUAAUGAUGGAAAAAAUUUGUUUACGCCGACAUGCUAUGUCACAUGCUCUCUUCUUCAUCGACCCGUAAACAAGGUAAAGAAAGCUGGUAGAAUAAGUCUUCACGGCCACCUAACAGAUAUUAUUUGAGACAGAUACCACCAUGGCGUCUAAUAAAGUGUCACGAAGCAAGAAUGAAAGGUUUCGAGAAAUCCUUAUUGACAAUCUGCUGAUUGUUUUUAUGAUAAUAGCUGUAAUAGUUGGUAUUGGUAUGGGUUUCGGGUUAAGGAACCAUUGGUCUCCUGACGAUAAAGUUAAGAUUUUCUACUUAAAUUUCCCAGGAGAUCUUUUGCUCAAUAUGCUUAAGCUGCUCAUUCUACCUCUAGUAGUAUCCAGCAUCAUCACUGCAUUAGCUUCUCUGGAUAAACGAGCAUCUGGUAAACUUGGAUUAGCAGCGGUGUUGUAUUAUAUGACCACAACAUUGAUAGCUGUUAUUUUGGGUAUUAUCCUAGUGGUAUCCAUACAGCCUGGUUUCAGAGACAGUGAUAUUGAACCAACCGGAAGCGCAAAGAGAAGCAACCCAUUGGCAUCACUGUUGGAUUUGAUCAGAAACUGUUUUCCACCAAAUAUUAUCGAAGCAUGUUUUGCAAAGAAAGAGACAGAAAUUACCUAUAAAACGAUAAACAUGGUAAAAUUUAAUGGUACACACAAUCUAACUGAAUCCUAUGAAAAGGAGAUCAGUGCAAAAAUACAAACCGAACCUGGAAUGAAUGUGCUUGGUUUAGUCGUGUUUUCUAUCUUCUUUGGUUGUACGAUCAACCAUCUCGGAGAAAGGGCAAAAAUCUUACUACAGAUGUUUGAAGCCUUGAAUGACGUGGUUAUGGUUUUGGUUCGUCUUGUUAUAUGGUACUCACCUAUUGGUAUAAUGUUCCUUAUUGCUGCUAAAUUCGUUGGAAUGAGUGAUCCAGUGAAAAUAUUUACACAACUUGGUUUGUAUUUUGCUACAGUAAUAACUGGACUAGUUAUACAUGGUGCCAUUAUUCUUCCCUUGAUUUACUUCGCUGCCACCAGAAAAAAUCCAUUUAUUUUCAUGUACAAUAUGUUGAAAGCCAUUAUUACAGCAUGGGGUACUGCAUCAAGUUCCGCCACAUUACCUAUAACUAUGGAUUGUUUGAUUGAUAAUAAUGGAGUUAGUCCCGUGGUUGCUAAAUUUGUGGCACCAGUUGGUGCUACCAUCAAUAUGGAUGGAACAGCUCUAUAUGAAGCAGUGGCGGCUAUUUUUAUAGCACAAGUUAAUGGUAUAACACUGGAUAUAUCUGAAAUAAUAAUAGUUAGUUUGACAGCAACAGCUGCAGCUAUUGGCGCUGCUGGUGUACCACAGGCUGGCUUAGUGACCAUGUUGAUUGUUUUAACUGCUGUCGGAUUACCAACAGAAGACGUCACACUUAUUCUGGCUAUUGAUUGGUUAUUGGAUCGUUUCCGAACAGCUAUAAAUGUAGUUGGAGAUUCUAUUGGUGCUGGAAUAUUAAACCACAUCUUCAGGAAUACCCUAAGUAGCCUAAGUGAAGGUCAGAUAGAUGACGCUAUAGCAUUAGAGGGAGAUUUUGAUAUUAAGACAGAAAACCGCAAUGGUUUAAAGGAAGUCGACAAUAUGGCUUAUACACAUACAAACGAUCGCGCAAUCACUAAACUGUAAAUGUUAUGCUUGAAAGGUUCUUUAUUGUCGUAGUAAAAUAUAAUUGAUUCAGUUUUUGACUGUUUCCAGAGGUCUUUUCAAAUAUCGAUAUAAAUUUAACGGGCUUAUUUUGAACGAUUGUUAGAACGUUCAUCGGUCAUUUAAGAUUACAGGUCGCCAGUCAUUCCCGACAUCCCCAUCAUCGCAAUUGUUGUUUUUCAUGGUUCAAUAUGUCAUUCGGACUAAUCUCAUAUUUGGUUAGAUAUUGGUAUUUGUUGGAAAUGUCUUGUUUUAUGACGUAAAGUAGUUAGCGCAUGAUUUCUCUGUCUUGAAUUCAAAGCCUCAGUUAUUUCCCUGUAUGUAAAUAGAUCUAUAAAGUAAUAUCAUUAUAUAUUUUUAUGUAAUAUUUUACCCUGUAUAUGUACUCUGUUAUUUUACUGUGUAUUGCGUAGAUAACAUAAUGUAGCUAUUCUAAUUUCCUCCUGCGCUAUCUGCGAACUUCCAUUACAUAGUUUAUAUUAUCUAUUCAUCACGGGUCGCUGUCCAGCCUCGUGGGUUUUCUCAUGGUCCUCCGGUUUCCUCCCACUGCUAAAGAUCCCUACGCGCAAGCGAAUUAUUGAAAUAAAAUUAAACCGUGUGUUGGUCCCGAAAUGACCUAGUUUGUGUCGAGUGGACGGGUCUAAACUCUCUCUCUCUCUCUCUCUCUCUCUCUCUCUCUCUCUCUCUCUUCAUCAAGUAAUUCUUGUACGUUAGAAGAUUGGAAAAUUAUUUUUAUAGUUUUAUAUUAUUUUUCUACGGAAGAGCAUUUUAACAUUAGUUUUAUAGCUUUAUUUUACUCUUUAGGGCAGAGCAUUGUAACAUUGUUUUUAUAUUAUUUUCCUACGAAGAAUAUUUACAUUGUCUUUAUAAUAUUUUUUUUUAAUUUUAAAAGUAGAUUGUUAAAUAUAAAUAGAUAAAAUAAAUAUUUUCAACACGUUGAAUAUGGAAGAAUAUUACCUGUAUAUUAUAUUUUUUACGGAAGAAUAUUGUUUUUAUAUUAAUUUUGUUACAGCAUAAUAUUGUGUUUAUAUUAUUUUUUUAAAUUCUAAACAAAAAUAUUAUAAAUAAACAAAUAACAUUUUGAAACACGUUU